AUGGGCAAAGGGAGCUUUACCAAGAUAACCCCUUCCGACCAGAACAGAAACAGGCUCGUAUGGGUCUCGGAUGUUGCGCUUUCUGCUCCAGAAAAGACUAUCCGUGACUUUUUCGUAUUCUGUGGCAAGAUAACAGACGUGGAACUCAUCAAGCACGUAUUUCUUGCCACACUCGAUACCUUCUUCUUGUUUUUGACACGUGCUCUUGAUUUAGAAUCUGCUGCACGUACGGCCAUCAUGCUCACAAACGCCAUGAUUGUUGGCAAACCAAUUCGAGUCGAACUCUACUCUGAACAAACCGUACGCGAACUGGUUGGUCAAGGCCCACAAAUUCUUCACCAUCAACGAAAUGCUGGAACUGUAUCAAAAUCACGAUUGGCGGAAUUCUUGGCAGGAACAUUUGCAAAUGCUCAAAAGAUUCUACAAGCUGUCAUCAAGUUUGAUCAAAAACUUGGCUUCACGAAAAUGGUCAAAGUCAUCGCAUCACCGGCAAUCUGGGUUGAUAAAAAGCUGGGCGCUUCCAAGACUGCAUUGAGUAUUGCUACUUCACUCAAAGGCUGGUUCAAGGUUGAACAAAGGCUUGGUGAUUUGAAAGAUACCGCUGUAUUAUAUGGGAACUCGGCUCUCAAGACCUCUGUUGGGCAAAUUGUGAAGCCAUAUGUUGACAAGGCUGUCCAAGUCGCAAGUGAAACUCAGCAAUUGGUGCAACAACAUGUUGGGCAGAAAGAAAAUGGAACAGGAAGUUAUGCCUACUGA